AUGCGGGGAGCGACGAUCCUCAAGGCCUCCGACGACAAGACCCGGUCCCUCAACAAGCAUGUGCUGAUGGCGUUCUCGGGCGAGUCGGGUGACACGGGUGCGGACAGGAUCGAGCCAGCCCGAAACGCUCAGCUCUACUCGAUGCGCAACGAGACUGAACUGUCACCCUCGGCCCUCGCCCACUUUGUCCGUGGCGAGCUUGCCUCGAGCCUGCGGUCUCGGAAACCCUACAACGUGAACCUGCUGAUGGGCGGCGUCGACCCCAUCACGGGCAAGCCGCACCUCUACUGGCUGGACUACCUGGCAGCACUCGCCGAGGUGCCCUACGCCGCUCAUGGAUAUGCACAGUACUACUGCUUGUCCAUUCUCGACAAGCACCACCACCCCGACAUCGAACUUGACGAGGGUAUCAAGCUCCUGCAGUUGUGCACCGACGAGCUGAAGAGACGGUUACCGGUUGACUUCAAGGGCAUGAUCGUCAAGGCGAUCAAGGCGGACGGCAUCAGGGAGAUUGAGUUUGACGAUGACCGCGUGACGUUGAUUGAUGCAUCUGAUCGAAUAUUCCGUCUCGAGUGCGUUCCGGUACACUGGAGGCGUGGGCUCGAUGAAGAAGGUCUCGUCGCACCAGUUGCACCAAAGAGUGGUGUUUAUUUUGAAAAAAAAAGAACCUUGGCAGUUGGCGAUGCAUCACCGUCGGGGGUAGGUGAUUGGUGA